AUGCAACGCUGUGUGUUGGGUGGAGCCGCGUCGGCGUCGCGUGCAUUCCGCGCCUCGGCUAGUAUAUCGGCUCGGACGUUCCGCUACGAUGUCUUCGCUGACAGGCAUAUCGGUCCAAGCCGACUAGAGAAACAACAGAUGCUGGAUUUCCUUGGGUUCAAUACGCUGGACAAAUUAACCAACACCAAUGUGCCGAACCAGAUCAAACUUGAGAAGGAAUUAGAUUUGCCAGAAGCAGUGGACGAGUACAGCAUGUUACGCGAACUGAAGAAAAUUUCGGAAAUGAACAAGGUAUACCGUUCUUAUAUUGGAAUGGGCUACUACGACACGAUCGUACCAGCCGUCAUCCUUCGAAAUAUCACUCAGAAUAUCGGAUGGAUUUCGCAGUACACUCCUUAUCAGGCGGAAAUCUCACAAGGUCGUCUUGAAUCCCUAUUGAACUUCCAGACCAUGAUUGCGGAUCUCACCGGUCUUCCAUCGACUAACGCCUCUCUUUUGGAUGAAUCAACUGCCGUGGCAGAAGCGAUUGCUUUGGCGUCGAGAGCCACGAAGAAGAACAAGGUCUUGCUCGAUCCAUACCUUCACCCACAGAAUAUCGACGUGGCCAAAACGCGCAGUAGCGCUCUUGGAAUCGAGUUGAGCGAGUUGAACUUCGAUCAGUGCAAUAUUAGCAACGAUGUGGCAGCUGUAGUCGUACAGUACCCAGACACUGAAGGGAGGAUCCGAAGCCUUGAAGGGCUCAUCGCCAAGGCUCAUCAGCAAGGGGCACUUGUGGUGCUGGUUUGUGACCUGAUGGCGUUGACAAUUUUGAAAUCUCCUGGCGAUCUUGGCGCUGAUGUUGCUGUUGGUUCAGCCCAGAGAUUUGGUGUUCCGCUCGGAUACGGUGGACCUCACGCAGGUUUUAUGUCAGUGAAGAAAGACGCGAAAAACACACUCGGAAGGAUGAUGCCAGGACGGAUCAUCGGAGUAUCCAAAGGAGCGAAUGGGGAAACAGCACUUCGACUGGCUCUUCAGACGCGUGAACAGCACAUUCGUCGUGACAAGGCUACUAGUAAUAUAUGCACUGCCCAGGCUCUUCUCGCCAACAUGUCUGCGAUGUACGCGGUAUAUCAUGGACCGAAACGACUCAGCGAAAUUGCACGAGCUAUUCAUAAAUCGACAGCUUUCCUAGAAUCAGAACUGAUCAAAGCUGGUCAUGCCAUUGCGCACAAAGACUUCUUCGACACGUUGAAAGUUACUGUCAGUGAUCUGUCGUCGUUCAGGCAAAGAGCAGAAGAGAAACAGAUGAACUUCAGAUACUUUGCCGAUGGUUCUGUUGGUGUUUCGCUGGAUGAGACGACGAAGCCGUCUGAUCUUGUUGACUUGCUCUAUGUCUUCAACGGUGGCACAAAGCUGUCUGAGAACGAGGUGGCGAACAUCGUUGCAGAAAAUGCAUCUCCUCUUAUUGGAAACAGUCAGCAUGCUAGGACAAGCUCCUACCUUGAACAUCCGAUCUUCAACAGUUACCACAGUGAGGCUCAACUCGUGAGAUACAUCAAACGGCUGGAGAAUAAGGACGUCUCCCUGGCUCAUUCCAUGAUUCCGCUCGGGUCGUGCACUAUGAAAUUGAACGCCAGUUCACAACUUAUUGUGAGUAACUGUUUCCUUGUAUUUUCAUCCUUGACGUACGACGUCAUCCGGACUGUA